AGCGAAUACAGUGACAUCUAUUGCAAGAUAUCUCGUUCCACAGUUCGCAGCUAACGAUCGCGGUUAGUGAUACGUCGGAAGUCUGUGAUGGAGGUAGAGUUGUCGCGUUGGUGUUGUGGUUAAGCUUGUCGAAGGUUGCCUUGUUUUGCCGUAAUACACAAAACCCGCGUUUUUGCUAAUUGUUGACAGUAUUAUUUACGUACGACGGUGAAGUGAAGGCAUGUGUUUCGUGAACGUUGAUUCUCUCCGGUCGGCGUUUGUUCUUUGUUAUCCUGUAGUACUGCGGUGAAACUAUCAAGCGUUGUUGGAUUAUACGUGUAUGGUUUAAUAUCCAGCUAAACUUAUAUAAACAUGAAGUUGGUAGACCACGUUGUUCGAAGUUUUAAGGUAGCGAAAGUAUUCAGGGAGAAUACAGAUAAGAUAAAUAGCAUUGACUUUUCGCCGAGUGGAGACACAUUGAUUUCCUGCAGCGAGGAUGAUCAAAUUGUGAUAUAUGAUUGUGAAAAAGGGACACAGAUGAGGACAGUCAACAGCAAGAAAUAUGGAGUUGAUCUCAUACAUUUUACGCAUGCAAAAAACACAGCAAUUCACAGUUCCACAAAAGUGGAUGAUACUAUACGAUAUUUAUCCCUUCACGAUAAUAAGUAUAUUCGCUAUUUCCCAGGACAUACAAAGAAAGUUGUCUCGCUCUGCAUAUCCCCUGUUGAAGACACUUUUCUCUCAGGUUCGCUGGACAAAACAUUGCGGUUGUGGGAUCUGAGGUCACCGAAUUGCCAAGGGCUUAUGCAUCUGUCAGGAAGACCAGUUGCAGCAUACGAUCCUGAAGGACUUAUCUUUGCAGCUGGGGUAAACUCAGAACAUAUUAAACUGUACGAUUUGAGAUCAUUCGAUAAAGGUCCUUUCAUAACGUUUAAAUUAAGCCAAGAAAGGGAGUGUGAUUGGACUGGACUAAAAUUUAGUCGUGAUGGGAAAACUAUUCUGAUAUCUACAAAUGGGUCAAUUAUCCGACUGAUUGAUGCCUUCCACGGGACACCGUUGCAGACAUUUACUGGCCAUUUAAACAACAAGGGAAUACCCAUAGAAGCAUCUUUCAGCCCAGACUCGCAGUUUGUCUUCAGUGGGUCGACGGAUGGCAGAGUUCAUGUGUGGAACGCAGAUACUGGGUACAAAGUUUGUGUCCUCAAUGCAGAUCAUCCAGCACCUGUCCAGUGCGUGCAGUUCAACCCCAAGUACAUGAUGCUUGCGUCUGCCUGCACAAAUAUGGCAUUUUGGCUUCCAACUGCAGAAGAAAAUGCUUGAAUCUGUUGUGCUCAGUGUCAGUCGAAGAUAACGACGUAUGUAGUGGGUGAGAUUUGUUAAGAUUACCCGAAUAUUUUUGAGGAGAAGGCGUUUGUAUGUAUGUGGAACCCUAUUUUUGACAGUAAGAUGAUGAUACUUUUUCGUGACAAAGACUUGAAGUGUUUCAUUCCAGGGUAAUUUUGUGUUUGGAUCGAGGAGAAACGUUCCUUGAGAUUGUAAUGUGUAUAGAGUACGAAAUUUUACAUAUUGCUUGAUGUAAUCGGUAAUAGGUUAUGUAAUUUUAAAUUUGGAAAGACUACAAGAAAUCGUUUCAUAUAGGCUACUUAAUAGAUGGUAAGGUGUACAGGCCAGUAGUUGUGUAUAUGUAGGAGACUGUUUUAAUGACGACACACUACUUGCUUUGAUAAGCAGCACGGUUUAUGGAAUAUCAGUUUCUGUCCUCUGCUCAUGAACAUAGGGAAAGAGACGUGCUUUUUCGGUUGUAAUAGUAAGUGGAUUACCACAUGUAUGUUGUGCUUCCAUCUUAUUUUGAAAGCUUUGCAUCUUUCAGAGUAGACAGAAAGUUUCCAUAUGAAAGAUGUCAGUAUAAGCUGAUUUCGUAAAUCAGCAUACAGGACAAGACUAUUUGCUAAAGUACAUGUCCACAAUGUGUUUGUGCCCAGUGCUGGCCGAAGGAGGAGUGUGUUGCUGGAUUAUCUAUUUUGUACAAAUGCCCUCAAGCUGUUUUAAAGAGGAAUGAUACGAUGUGCUGACUGCAAGACAAUGUUGGAGAGGUUUUUUUUUUGUGUGUGUGUGUGUGUGUGUGUGUGUGUGUGUGUGUGUGACAUACAUUCUGCUCAUUUUAAAUGAACAGUGCUUCAUAAUACCACAUACUGUUGAUAUUAUAUGUUCCAUAUUUUGGUGUAGCGCCUCUUAGUAGCUGUAACAGUUACCAAAUAAUGGACAUAGCAUUUUUGUAAAUUUUAAUGGACAGUUUUGCAACAGUUGUUAGGCUAAGGAAGUUUCAUGUUUGAUGUAUUGCUCUUAGUAAUGCUAACAAAUCAGCAGAUACUAGAAAUCAGUUUGCAUUUCUGUAGCUUCAAAUGGACACUGUUAUAACUAUUGUUACCACAAAAAGUAGUGAAAUUACAAUACAGCCUAAUGAUCAUUAUAGAUUAUUUAAAAUACACAUUUUCCAUUACUCAAGUAAUAGCUCACAUCAGGCAUUUAGGCCUACCUCCAGGGAAAUAAACACUUCGGUAGUGAGUCUUAUGUGACUUCUUCUUGACUAAUCUCUGCAUCUUAAGUGGCUGAGGAUACUAGCUACACAGAGCCGUUGAGGCAGAUGAUCAGAGACACGUUAAUUAAAACUUCUGCUUCCAUGUCAACUGUGGUAAAAUGGUCUGUUCUUGAUUUAGAGAGGAGGCUGAAACUCAAGGAGUAAAUCUAAAUUAAAAUGAAUAUUUUUGUAACUGAACUGGUUCUUCCAUUUUUGUUAUAUUGCUGUUGCUUCAGAAAUUACAAAUUUAUUAGAAAAAUCUUACUGUGUUGAGGAAUAACAAAGUUUUUUUUCUUGCAGAUUUGUGUUGUUGAAUGUAGAACUUUCAAUAUUUUGUUGUUCUAUUGUCAAAUGUUUGAGUGCAAUGUGAACAUAUAUUGUUCUACAUGUAUAUAAAGUGUAAAUAUUACUGUCUUGCUGUGGAACUGUUUAUAUGUAAUUGUUAAAAUGAUUUGUGCAGGCUGUGGAGUGUGCACGUUGGAGGAAAAAUACAUAUACAACACAAAUGUGGUUUU